GCGCACACACGUUUCACGCACGCUUCAUUCUCCUUCUCUCGCUCUAUUGGAAAAACAAUCCCCGGGAGGCCGAGGCCAGAGGCAGGCCCGGGAUGGGCUCUUUGGCGGCCCUGAGGACCCUUCUGGUUCUGGGGUUAGUGACGGGGCUGGCGGGCUGCGCCCCGGGGUUUAACCGGACAGCAGAGCGCUGGGAGGCGCUGUACUCGCGCUCCUUGGCGAGGAUCCCCGGAGAGAAGAGGGACGACGCCAGCCGGGACAGUGGCUACCUGCUGGGCAUCAAGAGGCUCAGGAGACUUUACUGUAACGUGGGCAUCGGUUUCCACAUUCAAGUUCUCCCGGACGGACGGAUCACGGGCGUGCACAACGAGAACAGAUACAGUCUUCUGCAGAUCUCGCCGGUGGAGAGGGGAGUGGUCACUCUGCUGGGGGUUCGGAGCGGCCUCUUUGUGGCGAUGAACCGACGAGGGAAACUCUACGGCUCUUUGUAUUUCAACAAUGAGUGCAAGUUCCGGGAGAAUCUUUUGGCCAACAACUACAACGCCUACGAGUCGGUGGCGUACCCGGGCAUGUUCAUCGGCCUGAGCAAGAACGGCAAAACAAAACGCGGAAACCGAGUGUCCCCCGCCAUGACGGUGACACAUUUCUUGCCAAGAAUCUAGUGCCUCCGAAAUAGACUUCACCUCGAUAUGGAGAGGGAGGGAGGAAGGGGAACUCCCAGCCAAGAUGCACUUUCACUCCAAGCUAUAUGCAAGCGUUUGUGAUGUGUACAGCCUUUUCUACUGCCGUUCAUGCUUAUCUACAGGUUUUUGUAUAUUUUUUAACAAGUCUUAGUAGAAAUGUAGGGGGGAUCAGAGAUGUA